AUGCAGCAGGCAGAGAUAGAGAAGGCAGUGGGCUUUACUCUGGUUGAAGCCGGAACUCGAAUGAUUACACAACAAUCUCCAGUCGCGCAAUCUGACAAUGACAACGACAAUGAGCCUUUUCUUACAGAAGAAGAUGUGGACGAGAUAAUGGCAGAGGUUGAUGGUACCAGUCCGGCUGGUGCACCUACCAGUCCGGCUGGUGCAUCUACCGUUGAGGACCAUUACCGGUUUCAACUGGUGAAGAAGCAUUCCUGUCUGUGCAAUGUUUCGAAUGAAUGGUUUGGCCUGGAUGAGUUCGCGGACGCUUAUGGUGGCAUUGAAGGGCGCAACAAAGUCCACAAAAACCGUUGGAGGAAAUACUUAGACAGCAACCUCUUCUCUGCUCACAAGCGAGUUGUGAAAGGAGUGGAGGCAUAUGCGGCAGAAACGAAACAGGAUGCCAAGGCUGUUAUUGCCGAAUGGGAAGACUUUUUUACAGAAGUGAAGGGCUCUAUGGGCUUAUUGGUUAAGCUCCUACAGGGAAAGAAACUCAUCAAAGUUGGCAAGAGCAAGAGCAAUAAUAACAAGAAUGACGACGACAACGUGGACAGCACCGAGGUUGCUGGGAAGCGACAAAGGCGCUCACGUUCCACCCCUAUUCAAUACACCGAUCCCGUUAGUGACCAAGGUGAGGAUUCUGAAGACCUGAUCGAAUACACCGUACCCGUUCGCAAAAGCACGAGGAAGAGAAAGGCCACCCGCAAGGCAGCAACUCGUCGCAAGAAAUCCGUGACUGAUGUGGCUGACGACGACAGCGACAAUGAAGCGGAACCGGUUGCCGCCGCGAAUCCUGAUACAUCCAUUUUGGAGCAGAAGUUGCUCGAGUCAGACAUUCUAUUGAAGCAAGAACAACUGAGGAGUAUCAAAGCUGAACGUGCGUUGCAAGAAGGGAAGGAUUUGGUUGCGAAACUACAGGCAAAGCUUGAACGAUACCAGGGAAAGCCACCACCCCCCGGUUAUCAACCCGAUGAUGAUUCAACCUUACGGGAGGAGUUAAACCGCGUGAAGGAAGAGCGAAACAGCUACAAGCACCGGCUGGAUGCCAGAAUUGAUCAAGGAGCCAGAGUGCAGGAGCUCUACAGACAAAACAAACUACUUCGAGAACAACUGCAAGAGCAAGGGGGAGAACCCAUGUCUGUGUUGCUCAAACGAGUGGACAAGCUGGAAGCAAGAAUCAAGAGGCGUGAUAUGACAAUUCUCAAGUUGGAACAAGCGGCACCCAAUGACACCUUGUCCACUGCUGAACCUGUUGCAGCUGUGAGCCCCGAAAAGGCCACGGACGGUGAAAUCAUCCAAUCCAUUUGA